GAGACAGUGCACAACAGUCCAACCAAGGUCAGACCUUGGACGGACUUGAGGGCGGUUGUCGUCGUGACAAACACAAUGGCAUAGACAAUAUUGUGGAAAACAAAAACUAAAACGUUCCUUGGACGUUGGAGGAGAGGAUUGCCCUGACGAAGUUGAUGGGGGAGGACAACGCCCUCAUGGCUGACGUGGAGGGUCAACAUCAAUUCAUGAAGAUGAAGGAGCGGUACACCUGGGUGCACGACCGGAUGAAAGACAACGGAUUCCGACAUAGAACAACGGAGGAUUGCCGGAAGAAAUGGACGAACAUGUUGAGCAAGGCGAAGCUGAUCCACGAUAGGUGUGAGAAUGCAUCUAGCAUGCCUUCGUACUUCGACUUGUCGGUGGAGAAACGAAAGGAGUUGGAGGUGCCUCUCACCUUUGAGAAACCGCUUUGGGAGGCGAUGCAGUGGAAGUUGAAUAGACCUUCCAUGACCUGUGACAAGACAUUGGCGUCCGAGGAUCUGACCGAAGGAGGUGGGGAAACAACUCAAAAUGAUGCUCUUGGAAAUCGUGGUUCUGGGAGAAGCGGUUCAGACGGUAGAACGAUGGACGAUUCCGAGGGUGCAUCCAAGAGGCGGAGAACGAACAACGGCAAGGCAAGAGUGGAGGAUAUGAGUUGCGGGGGGUCGUCGUUGGGGAGGGUGAUGGAGGAUUUGACGAGGGCGUAUUGUGACGGUCUUGACAAGGCCGCCUCCACUUUGGUAAAGGCGACAUCGGAAGCCGACAAGGCGAUUGCAACAAAAAUAGGUGGCGUCGCUGAUGCCAUAAGGGGGGGGAACACUGUACUUGAGAUGCUUAUCGGGGUUCUCUCCAGACAGGGAGGGGGCCGGAGCUACGGUGGUGACGGGGGGGGGGAUGCAGACCCGUCCUCGCGUUGAUAUAUAUGUGUAUACAUCAAUAUAUAUAUAUAUAUAUAUAUAUAUAUAUAUAUAUAUAUAUAUAUAUAUAUAUAUAUAUAUAUAUAUAUAUAUAUAUACGCAGCGUCGGGGAACUACUCCGGAUCAGUGCACAUAAGCGUGGCCAGGGAGUGUUGAGUGUGAGGAGCAAGCCGGCCACGGUUCGGAGGGCACGCCGUGUGCGAGGAUUCCAUCGUCCGUACUGUGUCGGGACCGGUGGGUCCCGAAUAACAUCCCGACACUC